GGGCGGGGCGGGGGCGCGCCAAGCUCGCGCUGCGGCGCUGGCUGCGGCUCCCGCUCGAGCGCACGGCACCGAUCGGGAGGAGAGUGCGAGGACCAGAGCCGCAUUACCGCCCGCCCAGCUGUUGCUGCACACCAUCACUCCGGAAAAAUACUGCUCUAUCCUUAAUCCAGAGUGGUUUAACCAGCACGUUUAGUUAGAACCAGCCUCUGAGCACCUUGUUUCGAUAAGGGCGCUAGCUGUUUUGCGCAUUGGGUGACAACAGGUUGAUUUGUGUGCAACAAGCCUGUCUGGUGGUUAUUUAGUGGGAAUAUCAGAAUAUCAAAUCAAAAUGAGCACCAGCGUGUCACAGCACAUGGCUAUGCAUAGCCCGCUAGGAAGGCCAUCUGGUGUUGGGGUCCUGUGUCAUAAAUGCGGAAAAUCCUGCAAAGGAGAAGCUCUGCGAGUGCAAGACCAGUUCUUUCACAUCAAUUGUUUUACCUGCAAAGAGUGUGGAUGUGAUUUGGCUGAGAGUGGAUUUUUUGUAAAGCAAGGAGAAUACAUCUGCACUUCUGACUAUCAAAGAUUGUAUGGAACCCGGUGCUUCAGCUGUAGUGAAUUUAUAGAGGGUGAGGUGGUUUCUGCGCUGGGAAAAACCUAUCAUCCAAAAUGUUUUGUCUGCGCUGUUUGCAGGCAGCCCUUUCCUCCUGGAGACCGGGUCACUUUCAAUGGAAAGGAAUGCAUUUGUCAAAAAUGUUCUCAGUCUCCGAAUGCCAAUCUUAAACAUGCGUCAGCUCAAUCUCCUAUAAACUGUGAAGGCUGUGGUGUGGAAAUUAAAAAUGGACAAUCCUUGGUAGCUCUAGAUAAGCAGUGGCAUCUAGGCUGCUUUAGGUGUCACACUUGUGGGAAAGCCUUAUCUGCUGAGUAUAUCUGCAAAGAUGGGAAUCCUUACUGUGAGGCUGAUUAUCAUACCCAAUUUGGAAUCAAAUGUGAACGCUGUACAAAAUUUAUUACUGGCAGUGUAUUGGAGGCAGGAGACAAACAUUAUCAUCCAGACUGUGCACGAUGUGCCAGGUGCGAGGAGAUGUUUGCAGAAGGGGAAGAAAUGUAUCUGCAAGGUACUUUAAUUUGGCAUCCAGUCUGUAAACAAGCUGCUAGGGCAGAAGAGAAGCAAAAAGUUACUCGUGCAUCUUCUGAGAGCAUCACAUCUGUACCAGCCUCAAGUACUUCAGGAUCCCCAAGCCGUGUAAUAUAUGCCAAGCUGGAUGAUGAAGUUCUUGACUACAAGGAUUUGGCAGCUCUUCCCAAAGUUAAGGCCAUUUACAAUAUUGAUCGACCUGACAUGAUCUCCUACGCACCAUAUAUCAAUUACUCUGCUAUUGACAGGCAUAGAAUGGGGGAGCCUCCUCGACUACUCUAUCCAGCACAAGCUGAGGAUGAACAGGAAGGACCUAGACAGCGCAGAGCCUCCAGUCCUGGAUCCUUUGGGUCUCUUGGCUAUGGGCGUUAUACACCAACAUUGUCUCGCUCACCACAACAUUUCCACAGACCAGAAACCGAUGGGAAAGCAGACAACAUCUACAGAAAGCCCCCUGUCUACAGACAACAUGUGGGUGACUGGCAAAGCAGAGGAUUUUGGAGUGAAGAUAGUGAUGGAGAAGGAGGACAACUGUACUGGGAUAAAGAUGGCAAGAAAAUGAAGAUGGGAUCAUUAAAGCGACAGGUGGAGGCUACAGUUGACUCUCGUGAUUUAGACCCUAAAUCAUCGUCUCGAAGUCCUGCUGCUGAUAGAGAGCUGCUGCAAAGAUCAAACAGUGAAUCACUCUUUCAAACCAGAAUUCCUCACUCCAAAUCAGCUUCUCUUCCUGGUUAUGGGAAAAAUAAAUCACACAAGACUUCAGACUUUGAAUCAACUCAUGAUACCAGCUGGGGAAUGAGAGAAUACAAGAUUUACCCUUAUGAAACAUUAGCUGUUACAAUGAAAGCUCGUGUCAAAUUACCAAAGGAUGUCGACAGAACCAGGCUAGAGCGCCAUUUGUCUCCAGAAGAAUUCUAUCGGGUAUUUGGAUUAACAAUAGAAGAAUUUAAUCGGCUUGCAUUAUGGAAAAGAAAUGAUAUGAAGAAAAAAGCACGGCUGUUUUAACUAGAAUUAUAUAAAUUUCAAGAAGAAGAUUCCUCCUUCAAUAUCCUGCUAUGGAUAUAUAAAUGUCUCUGCUUAUUAUUUCAUCAGCAGAUGGAUUUUGAGAACAAUUUUCUGAAUAUGUGCAGGCAUAGAAGUUGUGUUUCUGCUAAUCUUGCAUGAGAAGCUGAGUACGGUAGCUAUUAAGCGCUAUGCUUAGACUGUUGUUUGCUACACACCUGUAAAGCAAAAAUUGGCAUCUGAUUAAACUAAGGUGUAAUAGAGCUAUUUGAAAAAGGGGGAAAGAAGAUGGGAAGUUCAGGAUUUAAAAUACAAAGUGCAUUUAUCCUGGACAAAAAAAAAUUUAAACUUCCACCUGGCGAUAAUUUAUUAACAUCUCAUUAACUGCAAAUUGCUCUACUUUCUUAAGAAACGACCCUGAUUCAAUGGUAUUUUAUUAUAAUAUACUAGUUGGAAGGGAGGCUGCUUGAGGUCAGUUAUAGAAAUUAAUAUAGGUAUAAUUACUGCUUCUUGCUUGGAAAAAAUUGUUUGAUGGGAAGCAGAAGGAAAAGCAAUGCUAAUACUGCACUUUAUUCACAUAUAGAAGUAUAUACUGAAGAGUCUAACACCAUGUGCAAUUAUCUACAUUAGUGUCUACAAGUAUAUCACUAACAUUUUUGCAUCUAUAAUAUAUAUAAUAAUCACAAUGAUAAAUCUGCUGCAGUGAAGUGGAACAACACCUUAUGUCAAUGGUAGUUACAUGUCAGCCAGUCAUUGGUUAAAGGGCCCUUAAUAAUCAGCCCAAUCUUGAGCCCAGAUGCUAUUCAUGUCAAUUAUAGUUCGCAUUAGUACGGUUUGAUCUAUUUUUAUGCAACAUCCGUGGAACAUCCUGGUUUUAAAAUUUGAAGUCAUCAUUAAAUGAACAUUGGUUUGGAGAAAUAUUGAGAAGAAAUAAUAAUCAGUUUAGAUAGCCUGAUUAUUCUUUAUCCUGCAUUAGCAUAUUUGCCUUCACUCUCUAUUAAACUCCAUCACCCUCAUGACAUCUUCUAUUGAAAUAUUAUACAUCGCUUGUUCUGUUAUUUUAUGUAGUUGCUGAUGUUUCAUUUAAUAACUCUUCUGCAAAGUCCAUAAGACUCUUUGCUAUGUUGAUGUUGUGCCAUAAAUACCAGAGCUGUAUCUGCUUUCUGCAUUUUAAGUAGAACUUAUCAAUGCACAUAGCCUCCCAUUGCAAAACAAGGAUUAAUUACCAAGCUAACAGAAAGUAGUUUUUAGACAACUGCUGUUCGGAUCAGUCCAAAUGUUGUCAUAUUGGGUUAAAGUUGAUCUAAUAGUGUAACAUACACAAAAUGCUCAAUGAACAGCAAGUCAAGCAGCAUCUAUGGAGGGAAAUAAGCCAUCAAUAUAUUGGGCCAAGACUCUGAAAAGGAAAGGGCAGAAGCCAAAGUAAAAAGAUAGAAGCAGGAGGAGAAGUGCAAGAGGGGUCAGCCAAUCUGUGUCAGGUCUCACCAAUGCAGAGGAUGUACCGGGAAGACCAUAUACAAUUAAUAAGCCUGAUAGACUUACAAUUAAAGCAAUGCCUCACCUGGAAGGAAUUUUUGGAGCCCUGAAUGGUGGUGAGGGAGAAGAUGUAGGGUUACCUGUAGUACCUGUGGAGAAACCCAAUGCAGAUUGGAGGACUGCUUCAUCAAGCACCUUUGCUCUGUCCAUCUCAAUUCCACUCCCCAUACUGCCACGAAAAGGACAAACAAGGGUGGAUCAGCAAAACCCCAUAUUCUGUCUUUGAAGUCUCCAACGUGAUGGCAUGAACAACAAUUUCUUUAACUUCCAUUAAUCACUCCCUCUGGUCCCCCCAUUUUGUUACCACUUAUUCUGGUUUUCCUCUCACCUUUCUCCACUGCCCUGUCUUCGUGACCUCCCUCCGGCUCCCCAUCUCCUUCUUCUUAGUACGAUAAAUUAGGAAGGGUACAGAUAGGGUAAACACAAGCAAUCUUUUUCCCCUGAGGUUGGGUGAGAAUAGAACUAGAGGUCAUGAGUUGAGGGUGAAAGGUGAAAUAUUUAAGGGGAACAUGAGCGUGAAAUGAGCUACCAGCGGAAGUACUGAAUUUAGUUUCAAUUUCAACAAUUAAAAGAAAUUUGGGUAGGUACAUGGAUGGGAGGGUUUGGAGGGCUAUGGUCCAGAUGUGAGUUAAUAGGACUAGGCAGAUUAAUAGUUCAGCACAUACUACAUCAGCCAAAAUGCCUGUUUCUGUGCUGUACAGUUCUGUAACUCUGUGACAUUGCUGUGCUCUGCUGUCAGUUUCCUUCUUCUCCAGCCCUUUAUCUCUUCCACCUAUCACCUGCUAGCUUCUCACAUCACCCCCUUGGGUCUCCACCACCCAUGUAUCUUCUACCUCACCUGGACUCACCUAACCCUCCCCCACCCCCACCCCUUUUAUUCUGGCUUUUGCGCUCUUCCUAUCCAGCCCUAAUGAAGGGUCUUGACCCCAAACUGUUUAUUUCUCUCCAUAGAUGCCACCAGAUGUUUUGAAUUCCUCCAGCAUUUUAUGCGUGCUGUGCUCAAGAUUUCCAGCACCUGCAGGAUCUCUUGUGUCUCUAUCGAAUUGUGUAAUGUUGUAUCCAUGUUUUGUAUGGUCUAGAUGGGCUUGAUCUUGGCAAUGUCUGCUUGAAAUAGGAAAUAACUACAUGUACCAGUUCCAAUACCCUUAUGAAAACAUUUUUUUUAAUCAGUGAUGGGAAAUGAGUGGCUCCACACUAUACAGAUUGCGGUGAAAUGCUCAAAUACAUUAUCCUAACUGCAAUAAAGUUUAGUCCAAAUAUU